AUGAGCAAUAAUGCUAGCGGUGGAUCUUCACCGUUUCUAGAGACACCAUUAUCACCUUCCUCGGCCAAUAAUGUCGAGUCCAGAAUCCCAAGAUUUAAUGUAAAUGGUAAUGUCGCCAUUGGAGAAGAGAAGGAGCACCAGAUUCUCUCAUUGCAAUAUAAAUUGAAUACGAUACAAAAUGAGUUUGAGAUUGAAAGAUUACAAAUGCAAAGGCAAUUGAAUUCAGUAGAUAAGAAGUAUAGGACAACAAUUGAUGAACUAGAACAUGCUCUAAAUGACACGAAAUUUCUUCACGAAACUAAUUCUUCUUUAAAUGAGGAGUUAGACUCUUUAAGAAAAGAUUAUGAAGAGCUGAGAGCCUCCAGAGAAACUGAUUUUAAAGAUUUAAAAAGGCAAUUGGAGGAUAAGACUCAGGAAGUGGAUGAUUUGAAGUUGAAUUAUGAAAACGAGAUUUCAGUCAUCAAUAGUGAAUUGCAGAACGCUAGAAUUGCAAGCGAAAAUGAUAAAGCAAUGCUAAAACGUUAUGAAGAACAAGUAUCCAGUCAGUCGUUAGAGAUCCGUAACUUAAAUAGUGUUAUUUUGGAGAAGGACGCAGAGAUUUCCAACUUAAAAACUUCUGGAAUGAUGAAUUUCCAACAAAAUGAUACUACAGAGGAAUUGACCGCCAUAAAUAGAUUAUUCCAAGAUCAAGUGAAAUUUACUAAGCAAUUAGAAGAGGCAAAUAUAAAACAAGCAAACGAAUUGAAAAAAUUGAGGAACGUUAACGAAUCCUAUAACUUUUACAAGAUAGAGAAUGAUAAAUUACAAAAUAGAAUCAAUACUUUUGAAAAAUUGGAAAAAAAUUAUCAGGAUAGUCAAUUGAAAAUAGUAAACUUGGAAUCGAAACUGGCAGCUUGGGAUAUUGUAGAUACUGAUCAAGAAAGUCAUAUGGAUUUAGAUAUGAACAAUAUACAAAACCCUGUAGAUGUCAUCCGUAAUUGGAAGCUGUUAAAGAAGGAGAAUUUAAUGUUAAUUGAUGAAAAUUCCAAGGUGACCUUAUCGUCAAAUAACUUGAAAAUACUGAACGAUGAAUUAGCCAUGGAAAGAAACCAAUUAUUAGAUUUAAACAACAAUUAUGAACAAAAUCUGAUAAAUAUGAAAAAAUUAAAUCAUGAAUUGGAACAACAGAAAUUGUUGUCUUUUGAGGAAUGCAAAUUACUGAGGAAGCAGCUCGAUGAGUUCGAUAACUUUGUUAAUGAGGCUCAAGGUGAAAAGUCAAAAGAUGGUAAUAACGAAAACUAUAAAGAUCUUGUCGAUGAAUAUAAGAAUAAAACGGAAGAUUUAACUAAUGAACUGAAAAGAAUCAAUGAAGAACAACGACAACAAAAUCAACAACAGUCCCAAACAAAUAAAAAGAGGAAAACAAACGAUUCUAGUAGUCUAACGUAUUAUUCACAGAGAAUAAACGAGUUACAAUUAGAAAAUAGCUCCUUAGUGAGAGAUGUUGCAAAAAAGGAGACUGUUAUAACACACUUAGAGGCUAAAUUGAAACAACUGGCAGAAUUGAAAGAGAAAAAAAUAAGGAUCUUGCAACUACGUGAUGGUCCAUUAUUAAAAGAUCAAUUUAUAAAGAGGAAAGAAUUGGAGUUAUUGAAAGCCGAGAAUAAUGAUUUAUUAAGCCGAUCAGGAGCCGAUAUGAUUCCAAAAUCAGUUUACGAAACCUUGAAUUUCGAAUUAAAGAAACAAGAAGAUGAAAUCUUCAAAUCAACUAAGAAAUUCAUGAGACUAAAAGAAAUUUUCAAUAAGAAAUCCCUAGAGUUUAUUGAUGUUGUCAAUUCGCUAUUGGGAUUUAAGUUAGAAUUUCAGCAAGAUAAUAAAGUAAAAAUAUAUUCAUGUUUUAAACCAAGUAACUAUCUGAUGGUUGAUUUGGUAAAAAAUACCUUAGUUUCAAAUUUGAAUAGAGAGGAUGUUAUUGCUGAUUGGGACGAAUUAUUGAAGGUUUGGAUAGAAGAUCGUGGUCAGAUUCCUUGUUUCCUUGCAACUAUUACGCUACGUCUCUGGGAAAUAUCAGAUAUGAAUAAGUAA